GAGUGCUGUACCACGGGUUUGUCUGGAUCGCUGUCUGUUUCGCCCUCCAGCCCAUCCCUUCUCUGCUAUCCACUCCAAGAAGGCCGUGUGUCUGCUCGUUCAUAACCGGGGUGGAAAUGGGGACCAAUGCUGAUGUCGAAGAGAAGGCCGUUGCGGGAUCUCUCGCUGCAAACAACCAUGACGGCAACGGACUUGCUACUCCGCUGGAGGAGAAAGCCCCAGAACCGACCUUCGAUACCGGCUUCUCGUCAUGGAUCCAAGUGCUAGGCUCUUUCUUCCUGUUUUUCAACUCAUGGGGUGUCAUCAACACCUGGGGUGCUUAUCAAACAUAUUAUGAACAGAACUUGUUGUCUCACAUGUCUUCUUCCUCCAUUGCCUGGAUUGGCUCGCUUCAGGCCUUUUUACUGAUGCUCUUUGGGGUGGUCACGGGUCCUCUCUUCGAUGCGGGUUACUUCCGCCAACUGCUCACCUUCGGGACCAUCGUGCUUCCCUUCGCGUUGAUGAUGGUCAGCCUUUCUACCAAGUUCUGGCAGUUGAUCCUGGCCCAAGGCAUCUGCAUUGGCCUCGCUGCCGGAUGCCUUUUCGUCCCAUCGGUUGCCAUCCUGCCCCAGUAUUUCAAGAAGAAGCGAGGUCUGGCCAACGGCCUCGCCGCCUCGGGGAGCAGUAUCGGAGGUGUAGUCUAUCCGAUCAUGUUUGACCAGCUACAGCAGCGGGUAGGUUUCCCCUGGGCGACUCGAGCAAUCGGGUUUCUGUGUUUUGGAACCUGCUGCAUCUCCUACAGCAUCAUGCGUAUGCGAUUUCAACCGACGGAAAAGCGCAAGCUACUCCAGCUGUCUGCCUUCAAGGAGCCACACUUUGUGAUGUUCUCGAUUGGGAUGUUCCUGGGUUUCCUGGGCUUCUACAACUUCCUCUUUUACAUCCAAUCCUACGCCAUUGACACCGGUAUUGUCGGCUCCACCCUGGGAUUCUACCUGCUGUCGAUGCUGAACGCGGGGUCCACCAUUGGGCGUAUCUGCCCUAACUUCAUCGCGGAUCACACGGGGCCACUGAACGUGCUCACUCCUGCGGCUACUGCUACUGCCAUUCUUGCCUUUGCUUGGAUCGGGGUUCACAACGCGCCAGGCGUUAUCGUUCUGUCUGUGCUGUAUGGUCUCUGCUCUGGGGGGUUCGUUUCACUUCCACCUGUGGUGAUGGUCACUCUGACCAAGGAUAUUCGUGACCUUGGUACGCGUCUCGGCAUGGUCUUUGCGAUCACCUCAGUGGGACUGCUGAUUGGGACCCCCAUUGGCGGCGCAAUCCUGGCCGACACAGGGAGCUACCUUGGCGUGCAGCUCUUCACGGCCUGCUGUCUCAUCUCAUCCGCAUCCAUCUUUGCAGCCCUGAGACUGUCUCGUUCCGGAAUGAGACUUAUUGCAAGAGUGUAAAGCGCUUCUAAGCUGCAUGAAACACCACAUGAGGGUAGUGGAAGGACAACGUUACUGGAGACUUCUACUACUACUACUCUUACGCCACGAGGAUUGACAGGCCUCGAGCAGAACCGACCACCAAGGUGGUGCAUGUUCAUUCGACAACUUGCAUUUGCAUCAUGGAAAACCGGUGUUCUGGGACAACAAAAGCUUUGAUUAUUUGACAUGGCAACGG